CUCCCCCAGGCAGUGCGGAGUCUGGAUGGCUACUGGCCGGACUGAGAGCAGGCUGUGAAGCCCUCUCCUCUCUGCGCGUCUGGGGGGGGCUGCCUGGCACCCCGGCUGGGACCCUGCUGCCUUCCUGGGCCUGCGCGCUCCUUCUGCCCCGCUGCCCGCGGCUGGCCGGUCCGUUAUUCGCCAUAGCGCCCGGUCCCUACGCCCGCCCGCCAUGCCCUCGGGAGGCCUCUCCGCUGUGCUGCUGCUGGCCACCAUGGGCCUGUGUGUCAGCGACGAAGCCAUCCACUGCCCGCCCUGCUCGGAGGAGAAGCUGACCCGCUGCAAGGCGCCCAUGGGCUGCGAGGAGCUGGUGCGGGAGCCGGGCUGCGGGUGCUGCGCCACCUGUGCCCUGAGCAAAGGGACGCCCUGCGGGGUUUACACGGCCCGCUGCGGCUCGGGGCUGCGCUGCUACCCGCCCCGCGGGGUGGAGAAACCCCUGCACACGCUGAUGCACGGGCAGGGGGUCUGCACGGAGCUCUCCGAGAUCGAGUCCCUGCAGGAGAGCCUCCAGCCGGCAGAUAAGGAGGAGAUCGACCACCCCAACAACAGCUUCAGCCCAUGUAGCAUCCAGGACAGGAAAUGUCUCCUGAAGCAGCAGGCAAAAACCCGCGACCGGGUGAACAGCGGCGUGAAGAUGAGGAGCAACGGGAACUCGCAUCAUCGGGAGGAGACGAGGCAGAUAGCCCAGGGGUCGUGCCAGAGCGAGCUACACCGAGCACUGGAGAGGCUGGCCGCAUCCCAGACCCGCACCCACGAGGACUUGUACAUCAUCCCCAUCCCGAACUGUGAUCGCAAUGGGAACUUCCACCCCAAACAGUGUCACCCAGCCCUGGACGGGCAGCGUGGGAAGUGUUGGUGCGUGGACCGGAAAACUGGCAUCAAGCUGUCGGGAAACCCGGAGCUGAAGGGUGACCUGGAUUGCCACCAGUCCGUGGACGGCGUGCGAGAGUGACUUGGUGGUAAACGGGGGACAGGGAGAUUUCCUUGGCGACCGGCCGGGGCCGAGCCAACCCAUUGGUGCUGUUUCUGAGUGGAAAGGAAGGGGACACGACCACAAACAAACCUCGCUGGGUUCGGGGGAUGCCAAGAUGUGCUAAUGCCCUCGCGCCCCCUGCACCUCAGAGCCGCUCUGCCCUGCACUCCCUGCCCGCGGGCCCCUUGAUUCCGACACUGCAAUUCUACCCUGGGCUCUGUGCAUGGACAGGGGCCGCCCUGGCUGAAAGAGGGGUGGGGCUAGGCCUCCAGGCCAACAUGACCACUAGCAACGGAGUAACUGUAGGGACGUCACACUCAGGGGUAUGUUACCCCUCAGCCUCUCCGGCCCCUGGCCAGCCUCCCGGUGUGACCCCCCCCACCCCGCACAACUUCCCACUUUGCUCUCGCUUGCCCCAGCCAGCGGGGGCUUCGUGGAUUUGUGGCUUUGCUGGCCCUGGGGCUGUCUCCGGGGCAGGCGCGGGGAUGUGCUGCAGCAGCCAGAGGGAAGGAGAGGCUCUUUCUCGAUCACUUUGCCAAAGUCCGAUGAUGGAGAGCAACAAACACAGGCCCCCAGGGUCGCCUCAGUGCUGCCGCGAAGUAUCUGCCUUAUAUUAGAUGCCGGGUCAUGGCCCCGCUCAGGGUGGCUGCAGGACUGUUGGAUUCGCAGCCCUACCCCCUACUGCCCCCAUUUUUUCAAUGUGGUUUCACCAUAUGGUGUGCUAGGAUUUCCCUGCAUUCCCAUGCCUUCUCCUGUGCCUGCCAGAUUAAGGCGUGGGAACUACAGGCUUGUAUCUAGGGCCCCAGCACUGGGAGCCAUGUCAUUGCAUCCGAAUCUCCGCUUUCAUUUGGCAGAAGAAGAAGUAAGUUGCUAACCCUCAUGAUGGCAGAGAAACGCGCAAUGAUAUGACCCAAGUGCUACUUACGGAUGCAGUGAGAUCUUCCUGAGUCUUCAGACAGCCUGAAACAAGAGCUCGGAGAGGGGGGCCUGCUCCGCUCAUUUCAAUGGGGUGUUAACUCCAGGCCCUGCCACUCUGGGGGCCCUGCCAACCCCACCCAGCAGAGGACUCUGUAUGGCAGGAAGAGACGCGUGCAGUGGGCCUGUUCCCCUUCGCCCCAAACAGAUACACCCCAGCAGGUCAGGUAAGUACUGGGGAGGGGGGGACCUUGCUGCCACGCCUGCCUGUCUAGGGAGGAGGGGAGUGCCAGCCCUCCCCAAGAGGAAUACUAAUGGGCUGCCCACCAGGCAGUUCAUGUGUGGGUGAUUGGGGGGGUGAGCCAGGAGAGGCCCCCUUGUUGUGAUGUGCCCGAGCUCCUAGAUUGUGUUGAUGUGGCCUGUUGACACACAAGGCAGUGUGUAUCUGUGUCAGUGACAUACAUGUGGGUGGGAGCAUGUGGGGUGGGUGACAGGAGACGUCUGAGAAGGUCUCAGGGAGGCAGGUAGCAAAGGACACAAGAUCCCUCUCCAGCUUUUCCUGGCUCAUCGCUCGCACUUACUGUGAGCCCCAUGAGAUCUGCCUCUCAGAGUCCCCGCAGUCAUGCGAUUCGGGGAGAACUCUGGCGGGCCUUUAACAAGCGGGACAUUUCUCGCCCUGUUGGCUGCAGGGGAAAGCCUGAACGCUGACCCAGGGGCACCCGAAAGGCUGCAAACCCAGAAGACAAAUAAAACGAGACCCAAACCGAUCUCUUUUAGAUCUCCCUUUUUUUAAGCCAGCCUCGCCGUGUUUUGAGGCCGGCCGCCUGGUUUUGGGCUGCGUGGAGCUGGCCCCCCCCACAUGCAGCGAGGCCCCCGCGCUCAGCCUCACAGCGGUGCCAUUACAGGCAGCCAUGAGAACGUACGGGGCGGGGGGAGUCGCAGGGUUAUUUCUCAGCACAGCCCAGGAACGCUGUCGCCCCCCCACAAUAGGACCUUCCUUCUUAUUGCAGAGCUAAGGCAAAGUUUCCCCUGCAAAGCCCUGGUUUGCGGGAGCAGCCGGACAGCGGGUGGUGGGGAUUGGCCCCCCUGGAGCUCUCCCGCCCCCUCUAACGGCCAGGCGACGUGUGUUGUGUCGAGGGUUGCCAACUUUCUAGUUGCACAAAACCGGACACCCGCCCCGCCCCUUCCCUGAGGCCCCGGCCCCGUUCACUCCAUUCCCCCUCCCUGGGUGGCUCGCCCUCCCCUCCCCUCCCUCACUUUCAUUGGGCUGGGGCAGGAGGUUGGGGUGCAGGAGGGGGG